GUCAGGGGCCCGCCACAUCACAGCCCUAAAAAUAUCCUCUGCAUUUGAUGCCCGUCACAGAGCGGUUAUACAAUCUGUGCCCUGACUUGAGCCUGCCAGAAUUAAACCUUACCAUGUUCUGCCUUUAAGGACUGCUUCACAACAAGCUGCAAGAAUGAUGAAAAACAAAUUUUCAAGUAGGAAAACGAAGGACUUCAAUCUCUCGCCACAGUGAGAAAAUGGCUUCUCACAAGUCAAAGACUGGCACCAAGAUAAAUGUUACAAAGGCAGCAGAGGAAUCCAGUCCAGUGGAUGAAUAUGUCACACCUGGGGGCUAUGAGCUGGAGAAAAUCCUCAACCGUGGGAGUGUGGCUUACACUCAUGUCAACGAGGUCUGGCCAAAUGUCUACAUUGGGGACGAGCAGACCGCAAAGGACAAGUGCAAACUGAAGAGGCUGGGAAUUACGCACGUCUUGAACGCGGCAGAGGGGACGUGGAACAGUGUGGACACGGGAGCUGGUUACUACAGCGACAUGGACAUCGUCUACUAUGGCGUGGUGGCAGAGGACGUCCCGACCUUUGACCUCAGCCAGUAUUUCUUCUCUGCUGCCCGGUUCAUAGAAGUAACACUGAACAAUCCACAGAAUAAACUGCUGGUGCACUGCGUGAUGGGAAGGAGCCGGUCCGCCACACUCUUCCUCGCAUACCUCAUGAUCUGCGAGAACAUGACGGUGGUCGACGCCAUUGAGCAUGUGAAAAAAUGCAGGCGGAUCAUCCCCAACUGGGGCUUCCUGAAACAGCUGAGAGAGCUGGACAUGCAACUCCUGGAGAAAAGAGACUCCACUGAAUGAAGAAUGAUUUUAAGAGUCGCGGGGCAGGUGGAGCCUUGGGGGCAGGCUGAGGCUCGGGUCAAACCUCAAGUUGUCAGGAGACAAGCUUGAGUCGGGUUUCAAGUAAUUUGAGACGAGACCAAGUCAAGUCUCAAGUACCUGGAGACACAUAAAAGCCAAGUCUCUGGGUUUUCAAGACAAGUUAAAAGUCAUUAAAGUCAAGUUCAACUUAAAUCUCAA